AUGAUUUGUUUGUUGUCUCCCUUGGCUACUGGUGACUUAGAUUUUGUCGAUCAGUCAGAAUUGUUGAACGUUCCCAUGUCGCAUUUUUCUGGUUCCAUGAGGUCUGCUGUGGAAACUGCUCAGCAGGUGAUCUCAACGAUGUUGAAUUUCACAGAACAAUUGGAUGAUUUUCGACUCUCUAAUGCCCUUUCAGACUGUCUCGAUCUAUUGGACCUUUCAGUGGAUGAGUUGAAUUGGACUAUGUUGGCUUCUCAGGAAUCAGAUGGUAAAGAAAAUAAAAGGCCUGAAGAUCUACCUUCUAACAUGAGGGCAUGGUUGAGCGGAGUAUUGAUAAAUCAAAACACUUGCCUAGAAGGCCUUGAUGGUACAAACAGCACUGUGAAGAGUUUUGUGGGCAACAGACUUCACAAAAUCACAACAGCAGUCCAGGACAUUCUUUCCAUGGUACGAACAACCCCGGACUCAACGUUAAAAGGAUGCCAUUCUUGCAGAACUGCUGGUGGUAGCGGAGGCAGUUCUGGUGGCAGGAAGGUUACGAGAAACGAAAAAUUUCCAGAUUGGCUGAAAUCCAAUGAUGAGAAACUCCUCGAAGGUGGCAACUACACGGCAGUAGAUGUGGUGGUGGCAGCUGAUGGCACGGGGGAUUUUACUAGGAUCAUGGAUGCUGUCUCUACAGCCCCAGAUCGCAGUACACAACGAUAUGUGAUAUACGUAAAACAAGGUAUUUAUGAAGAGUAUGUAGAGAUUGAUAAGAAGAAAUGGAAUAUAUUGAUGAUUGGAGAUGGCAUGGAUGUUACAAUUAUCACCGGUAAUAGGAGCUAUGCGGAUGGCUGGACCCCGUACCGUAGUGCAACUUUUGGAGUUAAGGGCAGAGGAUUCCUUGCACGGGAUAUGACAUUUGAGAAUACGGCAGGCCCCAUUAUGCACCAAGCAGUUUCUUUUCGAUCUGAUUCUGAAUUUUCAGUUGUGUACCGCUGCGCCAUUAGGGGAUACCAAGAUACGUUAUAUGUGCACUCUUUGCGUCAGUUCUACAAGGAAUGCGAAAUUACUGGCACAGUUGAUUUUAUUUUUGGCCGCGGUACAGCUGUCUUCCAAAAUUGCCAAAUUCUAGCGCGACAAGGGAUUCCGUAUCAAAAGAACACCAUCACAGCACAUGGACGAGAAAAAACAGACUCUUCAGGCUUUUCCUUCCAAUCCUGUUACAUAGGAGCCGAAUCAAACGUCACCAUCCCAACAUAUCUAGGUCGUCCUUGGAAAAAGUUUUCGCGUACGAUUAUUAUGAAAUCGUACAUUAGCAAUGCCAUUAGGCCUGAGGGAUGGCUUGAAUGGGACGGAAGUUUGUACCUUGAUACUCUAUUCUAUGCAGAAUACAUGAAUUAUGGAGCGGGGGCAGCCUUGGGAGGCCGAGUGAAAUGGCCCGGUUACCAUAUACUUAAUGACUCGGACGAAGUAAAGCAGUUUACAGUGGCUGAAUUCAUUUCAGGAAAUACAUGGUUGCCUUCCACAGGAGUCGAGUACAUGGCUGACUUGGAAAAUUGA